UUCGGUUGGGGGUCCUUUGGUUUCGUUUGUUAAUGGUUUGAAUCGCCAUUAAUGGAGUUUCUCUAAUUUCUUACGCAGUCAUUUAAUGCUGCAGCUCAGCAACCCAACCACCACCACCAUCACCACCACCCUCUAAAACCCCUUUCCCGUUCAUAUUCUCCCCUAUUCUUUUCCCUCCAAAUGGACCACCACCAUUUUCCUCAAUGUCCACCACCAUCCUUUACCCACCACCGCCGCCGCCGCAGCAGCAGCAACUUUCGAGCGUCACUCAUUACUACAUAACCAACCUUGGUCUCGGUUACGCAAUCGCCAUCGCUUUCGGAUUCCUCGUCCUCUUCUCCUCCCUUCUUCUAGCAUCAUACAUCUGCUUCCGCCACCGUCAUACACACCGCAACCAAAUUCGAAACCCUAACGGCGGUGGUUCCGAUAACGGCGUCUUCGUCCCCAGCAUAAUUUUCGUCGACGAAGAGAACAACGAAGAUCUGAACGUUGUUGUUGGACUGGAUCAGUCCGUUAUCAACUCGUACCCUAAGUUUCCGUUCUCGAAAGGGAUUCCGAAAGGGAUUGAAACUCUUUGCGCGAUUUGUUUGUGCGAAUAUAGAGAGGCGGAGAUGAUGCGGAUGUUGCCUGAUUGUAAGCACUGUUUUCACUUGACUUGCGUCGACGCUUGGUUGAAACUGAACGCGAGUUGUCCUGUUUGUCGGAGCUCGCCGCUUCCGACGCCGUUAUCUACUCCGUUGGCGGAGGUUGUUCCUCUCUCACACUACUCCGACGGCCGUCGCCGGAGGUGAUCGUCAGUUUGUCAAUGUAACAGCACUCACCAACCGGAACAAGAACCAGAACAAGAUCUUGUCUUCUGUUUCUUUUAUCUGUCCUCAAGUGAUGAAUUAUAUUAGUUGAUUUCAUUGGUUUCCUAUAUUUGUAGCUUGAUUUGAGCUUAUGUAAAUCUAGAUUGUUUUGGAUCUUAAUAUUAUACUGAAUAUUUUCUUAUUA